AUGCUCAAUAUCGUUAAAGCUCUUGAACCACUCGGUAAUGUUGUCCCUGUUAACCUUAAGUUAAUUCGUCUUGGGAAGUCUAGUACCGAAUUUUUGCGCCCUAUCAAAGUUUUUUUUGAGUCUAAAGAUAUUGGAAUGAAUCUUUUUGCUGCCUACAAUACAGCUACACGUUCUGGGAAAUCUUUUCCUGAAGGCUUUCGGAUUUCUAGAGAUAGAACUGCCCUACAACGAAAACUUUUGCGUUCAUGUUAUGAUGACCUUGACAGGAGUGGCGAAACUAAACUACGUAUAGUUUUUGUUAACGGAUUACGAACGGUUUUUUCAACUUUUUUAAAAAACGGUGACGGUCGUCAUCGUCAGCAACCCAAUCCAAGUUAA